AUUCGGAUGUUUUUUCCUCCACCAGUACCAGCAACAGAAGUCUGGAAGUGAGAAAAUGGUGAAACAGCUUUGCAACACUCAUGUCUUGAUUAUACACGUAAGGCGUGGUCUGCGGUAAAUCAUUUCUUAACAUCACAUUUGCCGCUGCCCGACUAGAGAAGGAACAUUGCCUACAACGGUUACUGCUGCAGCUUCUGAUCAACGGUGUGAAGUGGGAUUGACGAAAGACAAUAGUAGUUUAUUGCUUCUCAGAAUCUUCCACCAGUGAGGUAAUGGAUGGAGGCAAUACAUGUUCAUUGUCAAUGGGGAGGUGGGAUUUGUGGAUAACAUUGAUAGUGACCGGAUAUGCUACUUAGACAUUGUGGAUGACUUCUGCAAAGUAGGUGGGAUACCUCUUGGGAGUUUGGUGACUAUCAACUAUAAGAUACCAAGAUGGGAAUUAGAAGAUCAAAUAGGGUUGUUGGGUUGUGAGAAUGACAUGUUGGUUAUGUUUGCCAUUCAUGGUGAUUUGCAUGAAAUUGUAUUCUAUGUUACAUAUAUUGAGGCUAAAUGUGUAAGUAUAGAUGACAUGUGUAGUAUACAAAAUGUAGAGGUUGGUGACCAUGGAAAAGGAAAGGGUAAAAUUGAAGAUGAUGAGGAUUGUUGUGUUGUGGAAUAUGUUUUAGAUGAUGAUGUUCAAUGGGAUGGUUUUGAAGGGGGUGUAGCUGAUAGAGAACAGGACUAUGGUGAUGGUAAUGGAUUGGAAGCAAAGGGUGAUGUAGCUGAUGAAGAACAAGAUUUUGAUGAGGGGUUUGAAGGUGAGGGUGAUGGGUUGGUUCAUGAUGAUGGUGCAAGUGGGGAUGCUGAGGGUGUGGUAGAUGGGGGGUGAUGGUGAGGUUGUACAAGGUGGUGGUGAUGGUGGUACAUUAGUGAAUGAAGAAGAGAACAGAGUUGGGAAUGAGGCUACAACUGAUUUAUCAGAUUAUAAGCCAGUGACUAUGGCAGUCCAAGUGAAGGGGAAUUUGGUUUGACAAGGGGCAAGGGCAGUAGACAAAGUCCACUUGAAUUUGACUUUUUUAAGCCAAAAAUCCUGGUGGGAAUGGAAUUUGCAAUUAUAAAGGAGUUUAGGCAAGCUUUGUGAUAAAACUCAAAUUAGAUGUUUGUAUAUGUUCAGAUCAAAAGAAAGAGAAGGAAAAGAGGGAGAGAGAAGGAGAAGGAGAAAGAGAAGAAAAAGAAGGAGA